AUGACAGACAGCAGGCCGACCGUCAUGGAUAGGACUACGAAGCAGUGGGAAGUGAUGGUACUGAAUUCACUGCUGAUUCUCUUCAUCAAUUUCGCCAUCUUUUUAUCGGUCCCACCGCAGACCAAAAUCUUUGAAGACAUAAUAUGCCGCAAAAUGAACUGGGACAGUGCCUUGCAUCUGGAUCCAGUAGAGGACGGUAGAUGUCGAGGCGCCUUGGUUCAGAGUGAGCUCGCUCGCAUUAAUGGAUGGAAAACAACAUUUGAGGCGCUUCCGAGCAUACUACUAUCUGUAGCCUACGGUACCCUUGCAGAUCGGGUGGGACGCAAGCCUUGUUUACAACUCUGCACACUGGGGAUGCUCCUCAGUGAGGUCUGGACCCGUGUUGUGUGUGUAUGGUCAGACGUCUUUCCGCUGCGCCUUGUCUGGUUAUCCGGUUUGUUGCGAUCCAUUGGUGGCGGGGAGCCGGUUAUUGAUUCCAUCAUGUGUGUGAUGGUGAUGGAUGUCUUUGAAGAACGCGACCGGUCAGUUUUCAUCAACACCUCACUUCCGUAUGGGGAUUUGAUACCGAAAUCUGUUCCGUUGUUGACAUUAUUCUUCUUCAGCGCAGUUGCCCUGCUCCGCUUACAUUCAGUUUUCAUUGUCGCCAAGCUACUUGCUGUGCCUGCCAGUGCAGCCUUGGUAGCAUUGAGCUCUCCCUGGACUCCAUUCUUGCUCAGUAUUGGGAUGAUAUCCGUAGCUCAGGCUCUAUCAUUUUUACUACCCGAAACUCUGGGCUAUGCAGAACCACGAGAAUCCGAUGAUAACAACACCAGAAAACGUAUCACACAAGAAAAAGGCAAUUUUGUACAAAGAUUCGCCCAAUGUACACGAUUCAUUGUUCAGAAUCGAAACAUGGUCCCAAUUAUAGUUGUCAAUUUGGCAGCUAGUAUCACGAAAUCCUCGAGCUACUUUUUGCUACAGUAUUCUUCCACGAAAUAUGGAUGGUCUUACUCACUGGCAAGCCUUGUUCUCAUGAUACGUGAAGGUUCAAGCUUGAUAACGUAUCUCAUCCUGAUGCCGGCAGCCUCAACUUUCAUUCGCCGCAUUAGCCGCGACAGCGUCACAGCCCAAGCGAAACAACUUUGCCAAGCGAGUGGUCUUUUCAAUGUCUUCGGAUACUUCUCUAUUGCUACAGCGGGCAGUCCAGUGCUAUACAUGCUGGCAUUGGCAUUCUUAUCAUUGGGAUCUGGGUUUGACACCGCGAUGAGUAGCUUCGCAACAUCCCUGGUGCAGCCGGAUCAGAUCGCAUCCCUGCAUUCCGUGGCAGCGACAGCCAAAUCGAUCGGAGGGCUCGUUGCCGGUCCACUGUUUGCCCGUUUAAUGCAAAUUGGCUUUGAGCUAGGAUCUGGGUGGUUGAGCAUGCCAUAUAUUGCGGCAGGACUUUUCUUUAUAACGGUUCUGCUGGCAGUAACCUCAAUUCGGAUACAAGACCGUAACUUAGACGAGGCCGAGCGUCCUUUAUUGGAAUCAGAUGUAUAG